UAAAUGACAGCUGUCAGUAGAAGCUCAGUAGUAUUCAACACGACAAUAAACAAGUUUUAUGUUCUAGGAUGUCUUUCUCGGAAGCGGUGGUCGAGGGUGAGGCUAUCGAAUCAGAUGAUGAAAGUGACGUAGAAUUUUCGGCGCCUAAUAAAAACUCAAAGUAUGCAGCGGGCGAUUAUCAUGGGACGGUGUUUAGAGGAGAGGCACCGGAGUCUGAUGAUGAGAUAUUGGCUUUUUCGAAUGUGCGACUGGGAGCAGCUCAAGAAGUGACCGAAGUUUAUAAGCCAUCACCAAAGCGUCCCCACUGUGAACCAGUCGAAGGGAAAACUGUUCUGCAAAAGAUUCUGAUUGAGCGCAAUUAUUUGUUCUGGCUUCACCUAAAUCAGAUGGUGCAAAGUACCGUGGUAACGGCAUCAAGUAAAAUUUUGGCCGCUGAAGAGCUUCUGAUUCAGUCGCAGCUGAAACUACAGGCAGCAAGUCACAGCAUUAAGCAGGCUAACGAAACAGCUGACCAAGUACUGGCCAAGGUCAAUGACAUCCUAUCAUCCGAUUUUCUACCAAACAUCAACAUUCCUACAUAAUAAUAAGCAAGAAAUGGUUGGGAUUUUUUUUU